AGGGAAAGAGCGCGCGCACUAUCAAUCCGUUCGCCGUGUCUGUAAGUGCUAGCAGCAGCUGGCCUGCGUAGAAAAGGUGAUUGUGUUUUCUCUCUCCGCGCCGCGCUACUGCUCAGUCUCGUCAUUGUUGGCGCGUGUGACCUUUGCCUUCCGCGAGUCCCCCCGAGAAUCAUCUUGAACAUUUCAACGGCGACGACGACUGGCGGCAGUGUGUCGCGAGAGCAAGCGAACAUUGCCAUGCCACUGUCUACCGCUGCCGCCGCUUGCUGCUGCAAACGUCGCAAUCGGGCUUCCGCCGCCCAACUUUAAGGUUAACUACCAGUCCGAUACUUCUAUCUCUCUCUCUUUCUCUCUCGACUUGCGGACAGACGGACACACGGACACAAGUUCAAACACGCAAACACAACACGAGGGAUAAUCUACUGCUGCCGCGGCUGCUGCCAGUACUGCGACUGUGGUUGUACACUCGUCGGCACCUGGCCACACACAAAAAACCUUUUCACGCAGACACUCGUACCUAGUGCGCGAGCAUUGUUUUUAUUUUGCUUUAGCGUGUAGACAAGUUGUUCACUGCUGACGACUGGCUACAUCUUUUUUAUUCAUCGUCAUCUAGCAGUCGAGCCACGACUUUCGCUCCUCUCUGUCCUUCUCAAGAUAAAGUCACGAGCCAGGCACGCAGCAAUACAUCAUGUCCAACUCGAAUUCCAAUUCAAACUCCAAUUCGGAUGAGUGCAAAAUUGAAGCGCACUUCUCGCCACCCACCUCCGACACCAUCCAAACGAAGCCUUUCCCCAUCAGAGGCGAGCGGGCGAACUUCGUGAACAAGCCGCACGUGAUUGCGAUGGUCGGGCUGCCGGCGCGCGGCAAGACCUACAUCUCGAAGAAGCUCUGCCGCUACCUGAACUGGAUCGGCAUCAACACCAAGGUGUACAACCUGGGCGAGUACAGGCGGCACGCGACCACUGCUUAUCAGUGCCACGACUUCUUCCGGCCGGACAACAUCAAGGCGAUGGCGAUCCGCACGCAGUGCGCCAUGGACGCGCUGAACGACGUGUGCCAGUGGCUGGAGAGCGGCGACGGCGAGGUGGCGGUGUUCGACGCCACCAAUUCCACGGUGGACCGGCGCCAGCUCAUCCGCGACAUCGUCGUCAAGAAGAUGGGUUUCAAGCUGUUCUUCGUCGAGUCGGUCUGCAACGACCCCGAGAUCGUCGAGCAGAACAUCAUGGAGGUGAAGGUCAGCAGCCCCGACUACACCAACAUGAACAAGGAGGAGGUGCUGGCGGACUUCAUGCUGCGCAUCGAGCACUACCAGGAGAAGUACCAGCCGCUCGACGAGGAGUACGAGAGCGACCUGUCCUUUAUGAAGAUCUACAACACGGGCGAGAAGGUGCUGGUGCACAAGCACGAGGGCCACAUACAGUCGCGCAUCGUCUACUACCUGAUGAACAUCCACAUCGUGCCGCGCACCAUCUACCUCACCAGGCACGGCGAGUCGGCCAUGAACCUCGAGGGCCGCAUCGGCGGCGACUCCGACCUCAGCGAGCGCGGCCGCGAGUACGCCCGCGCCCUCGGCGAGUACAUCGCCGAGCAGGACAUCCAGGGUCUGCGCGUCUGGACAAGCUGGCUGAAGCGCACCAUCCAGACCGCUGCCCACGUCAAGGCCCCCCAGGAGAGAUGGAAGGCCCUCAACGAGAUCGACGCCGGCAUCUGCGAGGAGAUGACCUACGAGGAAAUCGCCAGCAAGUAUCCCGUAGACUUCGCUGCCAGGGACCAAAACAAAUUCUGCUAUCGUUAUCCCCGGGGGGAGAGCUACGAGGACCUGGUGGCGCGGCUGGAGCCCGUUAUCAUGGAGCUCGAGCGCCAGGGUAACGUCCUCGUCGUCAGCCAUCAGGCCGUGCUGCGUUGUUUGCUCGCCUACUUCCUCGACAAGAACGCCGACCCUUGCCCAUCACCACCAACCCAAACCUUCUAUUUUGCAGACGAGCUGCCGUACCUACAGGUACCGCUGCACACCAUCAUCAAACUGACGCCCGUCGCCUACGGCUGCAAAGUAGAGAACAUACGGCUGCCCAUUGCUGCCGUAGACACGCAUCGGCCGAAACCAAAGUCUUUCAUCUCUCGUUUCUCUUGUCACUACUGCUUUUAAUAUCUGCCAGAUGUAAAAACGCCAGGCUACCUGGAGGAGCGCUUCCGGAAAAAAUCCGAAAACGAGCUUCACACAUGAUAACGCAAGUUUCUCAGCAGCUGCAGAUAUUCUCGUUACACGUCGCCUCCUCGUGAUGAAUGGUCGCGGAGAGCGAAGCCACGUUUUCCUUCGGCAGCGGGCUGCCGUUGAAAUUUCGAAACGCGUCGAAAUAAAACGGACAGAGUUGUCGGAAGCAAAAUAGAAAGAAAGAAAUAAAAAGAAAAAAGAAACAAAAAAAAGCAUCCAACGGCGCAGCCGAUCUCUCACACACACGACAAGUUAAACGAUAAGUUUUUUUUCGUCGACGUUGUUGUUACCCCCCUCCCCCUACUGUUCCUGGAUCUCAGUUCUAUGUUUGCUGUAUUUGCCGAGAGUCGCCGUCACUUCUAACUUUGUUUUUUUCCAUUUCCGAUCCGCCACAAUCGCGUAGCAGCGCCCGCGGGCAAACUGUCAUCUUGCUCGCGCGUGCACCUUGCGAUUUUCGCAAUGCAAUGUUGUCGGCUUAUUGGAUAAUGUGUGUUUUCAUCCGCCGACGGUUUACAUAACGAAAGGAAAGUAUCAUUAAGUCCGAUCAGAUCGGAUGUGUUGUUUAUGCUUACAAUAAAUAAAUGAUAUAUAAUGAAAACAAAACGGUAAACAUGUGUACAGAAAAGCGUGUGUAUAUAAGUAUAUUUUUUCGUGCGCUAUACGCUAACGAGAGUGCAAUUCUGUGAUUAUAAGAACAGCGACUACGUAAAAAAGACGCGCGUUUUCUUCCAAUUGUUUACUUCACAAGCGUUUAAUCGUUUCGUAAUUUAGUCGUUUGAUUAAAUCGAAAAUAACAGUCUGGCAAAGUUUUCUUAUCCUUUUUUUACGGUCGAGUCUGCUGUUCAAAUGACCAUACUUCAAGCUCUGAAUGCUUUAGUAAAUUUAAUAGCUAAUUACAUAUUAAAGGAUUAACACUCAGUUAGGUGAGCCGUAUUGAUUUAAAUAAAUGCUGAAACGAAUCUAUUUCACAGCUUUAUACUUGAAAUUUAUGCGUUCUAUUCGUUUGCAUUAAAAAAUUGCGAACAAUAAUAGUAAGGAAAAAAAACUGACAGUUGCAAGUUGGUUUCUUGAUUUGCAGUCUUAAGUAGUAACGAUUUGCGUAUUUUUUUAAGUCGCAGACGUCCUCGACUUGUCAUGGACUAUUUAAUCGAUAAAACUAGUAUCAUUG